AUGGCGAAAGGUGCUGGUUUCUAUGCGGUUGCUAACGGUAGGAACAUUGGCAUCUACACUACGUGGGAUCAAUGUCGCGCGCAGAUUGACGGUUACCCUAAACCAAGG